GAGCUCCGACGGUGCGGUGGAUUUUGCCGGGAGGAGCGCGCGAGCGGCGUCGCAGGAGGCGCGCAUGGUGGGGAGAGCGCAAUUCCCCGGAGCCCGGGCGCAGCAGCACAUGGCGGAGCCGAGGCGGCCCCCGAUGCGCCUGAAAGAGUGGCUCAUCGCGCAGGUGGACAGCGGCCGCUACCCGGGGCUGCGCUGGGAGAACGGCGAGAAGACGCUGUUCCGCAUCCCCUGGAAGCACGCGGCCAAGCAGGACUACCGGCAGCAAGAAGACGCGGCGCUCUUCAAGGCCUGGGCCGUCUACAAAGGGAAGUACCACGAAGGGCUGGACAAAGCGGACCCCUCCGUCUGGAAGACCCGCCUGCGCUGCGCCUUGAACAAAAGCACCGACUUCAAGGAGGUCCCCGAGAGGAGCCACCUGGACAUCUCAGAGCCCUACAAGGUGUACCAGAUCCUCUCGGAUGUGUCCCAAGAAACAGAUAAGGAAAAUAGCAAAGAGCCCCUUCUGCAGGCAAGGCAGCCCUCAACGUUGGCACACCAAGAGACCAGAGAAAAUGGAAAAGCAAACAAGGUCAGAACACCUUCAGAGUCAGGCCAGGCCAGCAAGGAUGAGCCACUGGUGACCUUACAGAGCGCCCCAGAGACACCCCAGGCCCCCCAGCAGCCAAGCCAUGGAGAGCACCAGGGAUACCAGGUGAAAGGCUUCUUCUGCACCUGGAAUCUGGCACAGUCCCACUGCCACCUGAGUCCCUCCGCUGCCGGUCUCAACCCCCAGUACGCUGACAAUCAAAACAUCAACUCAGACUGCUGGCUCCACGUCCGCCUCUACUACUGUGACACGUUGGUGAAGGAGGUCACCACCAAAACGGCGGAGGGCUGCCGGAUCACCUAUCGCCCAGUGCCGGCUGACAACGGGUGCCUUUACGGUUCGAGUGGCCUGGAGCAGGUUCUGUUCCCUUCUGUGGACGCCUCGGCCGGGAGCAGCCAGGGCGGCAGAGCAACCGGGGCCUUGCAGAGGCUGCUCCCCCACCUGCACCAGGGAAUCCUGCUCUGGGUGGCCCCCGAAGGGGUCUUCAUGAAACGGCAGUGCCAGGGCAGAGUGUACUGGAAAGGGCCGCUGGCCCCCCACGAAAACCAGCCCAACAAACUGGAGAGGGAGAAAACCUACAAGCUCCUCGACACCCAGCAGUUCCUGCAGCAAUUACGGGGGUUCCUGAUCCACGGACACGCGCUGCCCCAGUAUCAGAUCUGCUUCUGCUUUGGGGAGGAAUAUCCUGCUGCUCCCAGCCAGAAACUCCACAAACUCAUCAUGGCACAGGUUGAGCCGGUGUUUGCUCGCGAUCUCUGCCUCCACGCCCAGCAGCUGGGGCCGCGGUUCCUGCAGGACUCUUGCGCGGGCAUUCCGGACGUUCCCAAGAACAUCAUCCAGAUCCUGAAACAGCUGUGCCCACCUUGAAUCUGCCGGAAGGGAGCUGGCACCCUUGGCUUGGUGGCUGAAGGACAAGGGACUGCGAGCCUUAGGGUUCAUAGAUUCGUAGAAUUGGAGAGUCGCAGGGGACACCGAGGGUCAUCUAGCCCAACCCUCUGCGAUGCAGGAAUCCGGCAGAGGAGAAAGCUUGGCGCCUCUCGUGACUGCUUGUCCUGGUUUAGUCACCUGGGUGAUCUGUCCCUGCUGUGCUAUCCAGAGUGCCUGACUAACAUGUGCUAAAAAGCUUGUUUGAAUAGAGGGGUUUAUUUUUCACAAGCCCGGAUGAUGUUUCUUGAUUGUGCCAUUUCAGAAGCUCACAUAUGAAAUGCAGGCAUAACAGGGUUCCA